AGUCGGCCAAUAGUUUUACACAUUUGUUCUGUGUUUAAAUCGAAUAUAAUAAUCAUGAGAACGCUUAACUUUAAUUUGAUAAUUACUAUAUUGGUAUAUAAGUUAUUUGCUGUUUAUGGUGGAGAUUUACCUCCAGAAAUACAAAAUUGCAAGUCCACAGACAAUGACGAAUGCAUUGCAAGGACGAUCGAGGAAAUAUUUAAACGUUACCCCAAUGGUAAUGCCGACUUUGGUAUGCCCAGUGUUGCUGCACUCAAUUUUACAAAUCUAAAAAUUUCCCGACCAAAUCCCAGCUCAUCAAUACAAAUCAAUUUUGAAUUCAUUAAAUGUACCAUGUACGGUUUGGAAAAUGUUAAAAUUUUACAUGCAUCAGGUUUCGAUAAGGAAUUGAAAAAACCCCAAUUGGACAUUCUCAUACCGAAGUUACGUAUAACAGGUUACUAUGAAAGUACGGGCAAAUUAUUGCUGUUACCACUAAACGGUAAAGGUAACGGUGACAUCGAAUUGAGAGAAUCGAAAUUUCAUGCUAGUGGAAAAUUAGAAAUCGAAAAGCGAAAUGGUAAAAAUUAUGGAAAAAUUAAAAGCGUUAAAGCGGCCAUAGAACCCAAACAAGUGUUGGUAAAAGUGGAAAAUAUUUUCAAUGGCAAUCCCAUUUUAAGCGAAACAAUUAACGAUGUUGUCAAUGAAAAUUGGAGAGAUGUUUGGUCGGAGUUGCAAGAAGGCAUCAAUAAUGCAAUGGAAAUGAUGAUAACUCAAAUAAUGAGUGGAAUAUUUAAUGAAUUAUCAAUAGAUGACUUCUAUUCGGAUUAAAUGGAUAACUAUGAUUAUAUUUAUUAUUUUAUUAAAUAAAAUUACUCUUUUUUUAAAUCAUAAC